AUGGUGGCAAGGCCCAGGAACCACAGCGAGCAGGCCGCACUGCUGAGGAAUCUCAUAGACGAGGCAAGCGAGCUGCCGCCCAUUCCGCUGUCGCCUGCAUACCAGCGGCGCUGGGCUCUCGAGUUUGAGGGCCAGUCCCUCAAGACGUACCGGAGGAUGCCCGACAGCAGCUUGCAGAGCGCGAUGCAGUCUAGUGCCGCGCUGCAGAGGCAGCUGCAGUCCACACAGGCCUUCUGUGUGCUCCCUUGGCUCGUCAUGGCACCUGGGCAGCUAGAUCUCAGCUCGUCGGGGGCCAUCGAUGGGGCAGCUGCUGCUGCUGCUGAACCAUUGGCCCUGGCGCGCUCAGCAGCCGCGUUGCAACGCCUUACCGCUGCACAGACGAAGCUGUCGACUGUCCUGACAGCUUGGCUGCACUGGUAUGGCCGCCUGGACCUGGAGACAGCCAUCCAGAUGGGUAGUGGCUUGCAGGAGGCGCAGAAGGCGCUGGGGUGCGCGCCGGACGCGAGCACGGUGGCGGCAGCAUCCAAGCUGCUGCUGGACCGGUUGUGUGAGCGGCGGCAGCGCGUGCGGCUGACGUGGCCGUAUGGCGGCUACAGCAUGGAGGUGGCGGGGGACGUUGUGGGUGGCUGGCAUGUGCGCACGCCCCUGCGCCAGUGCCCCAACCAGGCCGGCUCCUCCAUCGAGAUCGCGGGCUUGGAGCCGGGUCCGUACCGCUACAAGUUCAUUGUGGACGGCAUGUGGGUGGUCGACAUGGCGCUGCCUGCCGAGUGCGACUCGGAGGGGAACACCAACAACGUGGUCCAUGUUCCGGACUGCUCCCCCGCGUCCCUCGCCCCGGCCCAGGCCUUGAGCCACGUCAGGCUGGAGGCUGCGCGCAUGGCACUCGCCACCAAGCUCGGCAUUGGUCUCAACGACAGGCGGCAAUGA